AUUUAGUUUAGCUCUAUGGUAAUAAUUCUGUGUUGAUUUUUCAAUGUGUGCUUUGGUUGUGUAAUACUGAUAAUUUAACAUGGAGAAAAACGAAAGGCAAAAACAAUAGGCCAAAUAACUAGCUUUUGAGGGUCGUACUGUUAACUAUCUGUCUUUAGUUUGAUUACUUUGAUUUUAGAUUGUUAGUUUAAUUGUUCUAAAUGUAACUGAAUGUUGGAGAAUUAGAUUAAUUUCCUGAAAGUAUUAGUUUGAUUAUUUAAAUGUCUGUUUUUUUGUUUGUUCAUUGUUAUCUGUAUAAAUUAUGCGAUCCUGAAUUAACUUAAGUCAGGUUUAAUUUUUAACCAUCGUAAUAUUUGAUUUCAAUUGCCUCUUUAAUCCAAGUUAGUCUACCUUAAUGAACCUUUGAGUUAAGAUGAGUCUGUUAGACAACUUGAUAGUUAACAUCUCACAGAUUCUGUAAAAGUAAUUUUCCGUCUGCCCUGCAUCUUAAUUGUUAGGAAGUGUAUUGUCUCCUCCUAAAUUCUUGUUGUAUCGCUGCUCCUUAUCCCAUCUUCUGUUAUUAAUUCCGACUUCUAGAGCUGAAGUCCAUCAGUGUUUCGCAAAAUGGAGAAUAAAACAACUAAAGAUUCUGAAUCCAUCAAACCAGAUCGGAGGGGUGACAGUAGCAAAAAGGGUGAAAGGGGCUUGCAGAUUGAAGGAUACUCGUUAGAAGGAAUAUCAAUAGCAGGUCAUGAGACAUGCAUAAUAGUCCCCUCGCUUAACUUAGCCUUUGAUAUUGGCAAGUGCCCUCAGCGUGCCAUGUCUCAGCAAUUCCUUUUCAUCUCCCAUGGCCACAUGGACCACAUUGGAGGACUGCCUAUGUAUGUUGCGACCCGCGGCCUUUACAGAAUGCAACCUCCUACUAUUAUUGUACCAAAAGUUAUCAAAGAAAGUGUUGAGAAGCUUUUUGAAGCUCACCGAUCUAUGGAUCACUCAGAAUUGAACCACACUUUGAUUGGUUUGGAUGUGGGAGAAGAAUUCUACUUGAGAAAAGAUCUUAAAGUUAGAGCAUUUAAGACUUACCAUGUCAUUCCUAGCCAGGGUUAUACAGUAUAUUCAGUAAGGCAGAAGCUUAAGCAAGAAUAUGUUGGGCUUCGGGGAGAUGAGAUUAAGAUGUUGAAGUUAUCAGGUGUGGAGAUUACCUACACAACAAUAGCACCUGAAAUUGCGUUUACAGGAGAUACAAUGUCAGACUUCAUAAAGGAUACUGAAAAUGUUGAUGUUUUGAGGGCAAAAAUCCUCAUUAUGGAGAGCACUUAUGUGGAGGACAAAACAACUGCUGAUGACGCAAGAGAAUAUGGACAUACUCAUCUGUCUGAGAUCAUCAAUUUCGCAGACAAGUUUCAGAACAAAGCAAUCAUUUUAAUCCACUUCUCAGCCCGCUAUCAGUUGGAUUCGUACCUAGGGACAGCGUUUUGGAAUCUAAAAGACUAUCAGGAAAGAAUGGCUUUUUUCAUUUUCAUGUUCCUAGUGUAUACCAAUUAAUCUUUUUCCCCUAAUAAAGAAAGGAUCUAAUUCUAGGACUAACUUGUUUCUUUCCUUUUGUAUCACUCCAACAAUUUUUUUCUUAUCAGGUUAUUCAGCAGGCUAUUUCUGCAAUACCUCCGCCUUUGGCAGGCAGAGUUUUUGCACUUACUGAAGGUUUUUGACGGAAGGCUCAAUCCACGCAUCAGCUACUUUAGAAUCUCUCCCUUGUGUUUUUUAGACAUUUCCUUUUUGUUCACCCUAUCGUUUGACUCAUUGCACGUAAAGCACUAAUAGCGAAGGAAACUUUUGCCAUAGAAUUUAGCUAGAUAUUUUUUGCUUAUUCCUUGCAUUAUGUUGGGAUUAACACUUUUGGUAGGUAACCAAUACUGGCAAUUCACCAUAUCACAUGCUAUGUCUGUGCCGUAGAACAGAAGCAACCAUGGAAAGCAUGUUUUACUUUUAGGCGCAA